GCGAAGAAAACAAUGACUUCGACGAGCGAGAAAAUAGAACAAUUUUGCUCGAUUACAGGUGCUGAUCGAGAAGUUGGAAGAAAUCUCCUGGAGGCCUGUAAUGGAAACCUUGAGCUGGCUAUAGAUAUGCACAUGGACACUGGAGGGUUUCCUGCCAUACCCCCAGCUGAACAGGGAGGGCCUCAUUCCGAACCAAACAUGUCAUCGAGAGGGACCUCAGCAUCUGCUCCAAUUGAUGUAGAGGAUGACAUAAGGGCUCCCAUCCCCCAGAGAAAUGAGACUUUAGUUGAGGAUGUGCCAGUUUUUGUCCUACGUGGGAGACGAAGACAAGCACGAUCUGUUUUUGAUGGUUUUCGUGAUUUUCAAGCAGAGGCACGACAACAGGAGGAAAUGAUGAGGCCAGGGACUAGUUCUACUUAUAAGAAGAGGACUUUGGAGGAUCUCUUCAGACCCCCUAUUGAUAUCACGUUCAAAGGGACUUUAGCUGCCGCUCGGGAAGCGGGAACAACUUUAAACAAAUACAUAAUGGUGAAUGUACAAAAUGUCAAGGAGUUUGUCUGCCAGGCCUUAAAUCGUGAUGUGUGGAGUCAAGAAAGGGUCAAGGAAAUCCUGAAAGAAAAUUUCGUGUUCUGGCAGGUUUAUCACGACAGUGAGGAAGGUGGGAAAUUUAAACAGUUUUACAAAGUUGAGGAUUAUCCCUAUGUUGCUAUUAUUGACCCCAGAACAGGAGAAAAUAUGGUGACAUGGAAUAAGGGUCUGGAUUCUUUAACAUUCUGUGAUCUUGUUACACAUUUUCUGGCAGAACAUCCAUAUUUGGAGGAUUCAUUUAGUUCACAUCAAUGUUCGGAUCAUUCAUUUAGCGCAUCUCCACCGCCUCCGAAGAGAUUCAAACGGGAAACAAAUGUUGUGGACUUGAGUGAGGAUGCCCAGAUAGAGGCAGCUAUUAAAGCCUCGCUUAAGGAACCAUGCAAGACUGUGACCUACAUUUCUGAUAGUGAUGACGACAAUGAUGACGAUGACGAAAUUGAAACGUUUUCAGAUACAGAAGACGAUUCACAGUCAUCUGUAAAGAACAAUAUUGUCUCUAAGACGGACGCCCCGAGUAAAAUGUAUACAGACAAUGAUGAAGCGGUUUGUUCGUCUGAUAUGGACACAUCAGAAAGUGAAUGUAAGAAAUGUGAAACAAACAAUAUGGAGAAUGGUGUUACGAACUCUAGUUCAAUUUUAAGUGAAGAUAGUUAUAAAAACUACCUCGGAAAGGAAUCAGAUCCUCAAACUACCAUCAUGAUUCGAUUUCCAGAUAGCAAAAGGCAGCAGCUGUCAAUGUCUUCUCAAUCAAAACUUAUGGCACUUGUAAAGUAUGUAGCAGAACAAGGCUACCCUAAUGAACGUUAUGAAUUGCUCACAAACUUUCCCAGGAAGAAGUUGUCCUACAUGGACUUUGAUCUCACUAUUCAGGAAGCCGGUCUUAAUCCUCAGGAAUCUGUAUUUGUUCAGGCAAGGUGAAAACAAAAUGGAUGCAACAAUGCAAAUUUCUAAUUCAGGAAACAAAACUGAUCGUGCAAGAUCCUUUUGAUGUAAUGUUUAAUCCAGAUCAAGAUCUUCAGGGAAUUCUAAGUCAUUUAUGAUUGGAUUAUUAUGAGCUUCAUCUAAGCAGUUAAAAUGUGUAAAAUGUUGGCAUGAUGAAAAGUUGACUUCUUUUAAUAGUAUCCCUAGCUGUGACUUUUUAGUCACAGUUAUGUGCAAUUAUGUGACUGUUUUCUUUUGUUUACAAUUGUUAUCAUUAAUCAAAAGGUCCAGGUUAAUGAAUUAAACCAAAACACGAAAACGGCUACGAUCCUAGGUGACGGUGUGUAUAUAUAUCUUAAAUGACAUGGGGUCAAGACUGAAGGAAAUAUUCCAUGUUAUGCUCAAAAAAAAAACCCACUGCAACCUCAGGAUAUUACAUUUUUGUGAAGGACUAGCAUAUCGUAUCAAGUCUGUUAUUUUUCCAUUAAUGACGUGAUAUGAUACAGAUACCUCCAUGUUUGCUAGCGACCUGCUUCAGAAAGGGAAAAAAAUCCAGAAUCUCAGGCAUAUGUGGACUGCUGGCUGCACAGGCAAAUCCAGAGCGCACAAUAAUAUUUUUUUUUAAUUUCCUAUUUAUUGUUUUUAACAAGUAAUAUAUUUGAUAAAAGUUUUACUGCCUAUAGAUAUUUUGUCCGUAGAAAAAUUGAAGAUUACUAUCGAUAAUAAAAAUACUUGUAUGUUUGAUAUAAUAUAA